AUGGCGCCCAGCCACAGGAGCCCCUGCUGGGUUGUUCUCUCUCUCCUAGCCCUCGUGCUUGUCCCGACUUGGGCCAACACCAAAUACGAUAAUGCGUACAUUACUGACAUCACCCCUCGCCAAGUGGGCUACAAAGGAGGCCAACACAUCACAAUUCGUGGUGUUGGGUUUGAUCGCGAAGGUCAAGAAGGCGCCACCACCGUCUACGUGGGCACAGAUGUCUGUGAAACAAUUGCCUACUACUCCUCGGAUACGCAAAUUGUGUGCGUCAUGCCCGAAGUAACGGUGGUAGAAAGCUAUUUGGCCGUCACCGUCUCUCUAUGGGUGGCAGGCGGAGCCAUGGGCAGCACAGCCAUCUGUGAGACCAGUUGCUCUGUCCGGGCCCGCAGUGUCUAUACCCCCACCAUCAGCGAAAGUCAAUUAGCCGCACCCCCUGGCGGCAAUGUGACCUUGAUUGGCUACCUGCGCGGCAUUACCGCGGACGAAUUUGAGCUGCGCUUGAAUGGCACCCUUCUCGAAACCGCCUACGAAUCUGACGACGUCAUUAGCACCUCCUCGUGGAACACUGGCCGAUACGACGCCGUCGUGCCCUCCAUGACCGCUGGUUACUACAACGUCUCCUUCCUUGUCAAUCGUCAAGACUCGUCCUGGGGCGCUGGUUUUUCUGCCAAUUACAACUCAGUGUGGCUCGCGCACAAGAAUACGACCUAUGACUUUGAGGUCCAUCCCGUCGUUUCGGCACUCAGUGCCAGUGCAGCCGGUACCCUGGGUGGUGCCCUGCUCACCGUGUACGGUGACGGUUUUGAUGCAGAUGCAUGUGUCGAAAACAACGUUGUUUCUGUUGCUGGCGUCAACUGCGUACCCGUAGCCUGCACCAACACUGAGAUCACGUGCCGCCUCGAAGCUGUCGUCGGCGUUCCCGAGUCGGACCUGCCUCGUGGUCUUGCUGGCUCCAUCUUCUCCAACUCCCUCGGCACGUGGACCCCAGCACCUGCCGAAGUCUUCAACUUCACGCAAACCUCCGGCGCCCACCAUUACAUGCGCGACUUCGAUACCCAAUAUCGCCAAGUGUUGGAAGGCUAUUUCGUGCCCGAGGCCACGGGCGACCACCGCUUCUUCUGCCAGGGCGAUGACCGGUGCUAUUUUGACAUCUCCACGGAUGAGUCUGUGGAGAAUAUGACCGACAGCGUUGCCUACUCCACGUAUGCCACCAGCUAUUGGAACUCGAAUAAUCAAAUCUCCGACCCCAUUCCUUUGGUGGCCGGCCGUCGCUACCGCUGCCGCAUCCGCCACAUUCAGUAUGGUGGCGGGGACUUUUUCAAGGUUGGCAUGCACGUGUCCUCCCCUGACGUGGUGCUCUCACCCAACGAAAUCCUCCACGAGUCGCUGCGUGAGCGUCAGAUUAUUGAAUUCACCUCUGACGUGGUGCGCGAGCAACACGAGCUCGUCUUCAACAACGUUUACAAUGGUACUUUUUACCUGACGCUCGAUGGCCAAUGGACCACCGCCGUCGACCUUGACAGCCCUUCUGCUUUGGCUGACGCCUUUGAAGAUAUUUCUGAUUGCGGGUCCAUCUCUGCCAGCGAGGCCGCUGGUCUUGUACCCAACCAGCGCCGUAUCAUCAUCACCUACAGUUGCCCCACCACCAUGGCCCGUGAUCUGCCUCAGAUUUACACCAGCGCCGAUGCUUCGCUCACCCCAGCCAACCGCUCCCUACCAGUGUCCUAUCGGGUGAAUCGCUACCGUGCGGCCAGUGAGCCUAUUCGUGGCACGUAUCAGCUCGGCUACAAGGGCAACUGGACACGGCCCCUGGCCUACUCCUGUGAUGCCGGCUGCGCUCUUGAUGCCCUCAUUGAGGUGUCGGAGCUGCAAGAAAUUUCUGGCGGCUCUUCCGGUAAUUCCCAAGAUGGCAUGACCCUUACGUUCUCCAUCUACUUGCCCACGGGCAAUCUCUCUCAGAUUGAGGUCAACAGCAGCGGGCUUACUGGCGCAAACGUCACGGCUCGCGCCUACACCCAGGAGCACGGUGCACACGAACUCUUUCACGAAAUCAUCCCGGGCCGCUACUUUCGCCGCUUCUACAACGACUCGGAUGGUGUCGUCGUUGUUACCACCAACGGCCUGCGCAGCUCUUGCGCCGACCUUGGCCAAACCAGCAGCGCUUGUGCUUUUGCUUUCGAUGCCCAACGCAACCCCAGCAUCAAUACCGUCAGCAAUAGCGGCGACCCUAGCGUCCUGGCAGUUGCCGACAUCGUGACCAUCUCCGGCGCGGGCUUUGGCCUCGAUGAAGCUGCCAUCGCUGUCACCUUUAACGACAUCCCUGCUUCCAUAGUUCAAGUCUCCGACACUGAGGUUAUCUGUGAAGUGCCCCACAUCAGCGCUGGCCCCAUCAACAUUGAGCUCAUCCGUGCCCACGUUGGCCGCGCCGCCAACCACGACGCCACGGCUUGGACCUACGCCCAGGCCGUUGACGCAGUGGGCCCGCUCACUGGCCCAGUGGCCGGGAAUCUCCUGCUCAACAUUGCCGGCACCGGCUUCCCUGCCAGCCCUGCCGAGAAUAAUGUCACCGUGGGCGGUCAACCAUGCGUUGUGCAAUCCGCCCAACCGGAUAGCUUGACCUGCAUCCUUCCACCCGCUUGGAGCGACCUCGACACGCGCGAAGCGGAUCUGAACGGCACCCUCAAUGCCACCAUUGUUAUCAACGGGGAAGCUUUUACCAAUGAUUUUGUUUACGACUGGUCCCUCACCCCGGUGUUGACCGCUGUUACCCCGAGUGCCAUUCCAUCAGCCGUGACCACACUCGUUACGCUGGCAGGCAGCUGGCCGUCAGUAGGGUCCCUUGACCUAUCUGGUGCGGCUUGUGCUGUCCCCGCGGGUCUUGCCAUCACUGUUGCCGGCCGUGCCUGCCAUGACGCUACCCUAAUCAAUGCGACGCACCUUACCUGCUCGUUCAUUCGUGCGGAUGGGCGCGCCUUUGGUGAGCAGCAAGGCCUCGUGCCCCGCGUGGACUUUUGCCUCACAUCGGGGAAUCUGUGGCGGGCUCAUACGCAGCCGACCGUGCGCGUGGAUCUGAACCAUCGUGUCACCGCUAUUUCUCCAGCCCGCUUCGGCACUGCGGGAGGCGCGCGCAUCACCAUCACUGGUGCCGGCUUUGGCCAACUCGUCAACAGCGUCGGUGUCGAAGCCAAGAAUGUCUCCGGGUCCAAUGUCCCCUGCCUCGUCGACUAUGUGAGCGACAGCCAGGUCGAAUGCGUCAUGGCCGAGGCCACUGGCGAGGCCCAUGAUUGCGAGCUCGAGUUACAAAUCAACGGCUUUGUGGCUCGCUGUUCCCCCGGCACCUGCGUGGUUGAUUUCCUUAGUAACCUAACCGCCGCCAUCUUGCCUUCAACGGAGCGCCCCAGCGUGGGAUGGGGCGAUGUCGUCACGCUGACCACGGAGCGAGUGUGGGGCAACCCCUCGGUCACCGUGGGUGGUGUUCCAGCCGUCGUUCAGUCCUACUCGGAAACGGCCGUGACCUUUGAGGUGCCCGCUCUCUCCGCUGGUGCCCACGAUGUGGCCCUGGCCGUCGCACCUUAUGGCCGCGCCUCCGGAAUGGCCAGCCUGGGUUAUCGUCUCAGUGUAGAUGGUUUGUCUCAAUUAUCGGGCUCGGUGGCCGGUGGAAGCCGCGUCGUACUCGUCGGCGAGGGCUUUCCCACCGACCCUACCGCCCUGGCGGUGUCUUUUGUUCACGCUGGCUCUGGAAACAACGCUCGCCGAGCCGCCGUCUUGUCGACCAACAUGACUCUUGCGGAGGUUGUCAUUCCAUAUCUCAUUAACGAGGGCACGGCCCACUCCGAGACUUAUGAACUGGCCCUUACCGUGACAAACAGCUCGACUUUCCAAAUCAGUGUUGCGGACGCGGCUGACCUUGCCACCGUCGCUGCAGCCAACUGCACCAACCCUCAAGCCUGCGCGUUCUUCUACAACGCGAGUGAAACCCCGGUAUUGACGGCCAUUCAGCCCACCACCGGUGCGGCAGGCACCGUCUUAACCCUUACAGGCAGCAACUUCUUUGCCGAGCCUCGUGUUCAUAUCGCGGGCGUGGCUUGCACCGUUUUGACUGCCAACAGUAGUCUGGUGACCUGCACUGUCGGUGAAGUUCGUGGUGGCUCUCACCUCGUCGAGGUGGAAGUGACACCCUUUGGCAUGGCUAUGGGCAUUCACACCUUUGCAGCCACCGCUACCGUCGACAGUAUGAGCCCUGCCAUCGCCUCGUACGCCGGUGGCACCCUCGUGACGCUCCAUGGCCACGGAUUUGGUCCAGCAGAUGCAGUAAGCAUUACUGUGGGCACAAAGAGUUGUGAUGUGGUCAACACAACCUACAACCAAGUCCUUUGCCGCGCGCCCGAGGUUCUGACCCCGCUUGCAGUGGCCUACUACGCUCACGUGGAGCCAGUCGUGCUCCCAGGCACCAUGUCAUAUGAGCAGUUGCUCGACCGAGACUACUCCACCUAUGUAUCGAAUUGCUGCAACAGAGAAGUGGAUUUUGCUCUUCCUGAGGACCAAGCCGCAGUUCUGACCCGCGUGCGCUUCUUUCCUCGGCUCAAGUACGAGUCUCGCUCGGCAGGUGGCCAAUUUUAUGCCUCGCCCAACGGCACCCACUGGGUGCUCAUUGCUGAGAUUGCCGACUAUCACGCUGGCUGGAACUCGAUUGACGUGAGCGUUGACUUCCCCGUGACCCACAUCCGCUACACCAAUGAGCGCAUUGACAUGGCCGAGUUUGAGUUUCAGGGUCACGUGGUGGAGCAAGCAAUGGACGAGGCGCUGCCCGUCGUCACUCGCAUCCAUCCCGCUGCCCUGCCCAACAGCAUGGUUGUCCACGAUGCGGCUACUGCCCCUGGGCCGGCCGAUGCAUAUAUCGCGCCUGGUGUGCAGAAUCUGACAUAUGCAACGGCCCAAACCCCAGAGGUCAAUGCCAUUCGCCCCACAUGGGGCACGGCUUUGGGUGGGACUAAGAUCACAGUUUUGGGCCUGGGUUUGACCGCCGUUUCCAGCGUCACCAUCAACACCUACCCAUGCAGCGACAUCUCGGUCGUGAGUGACUCCCUCAUUACCUGCGUAACCACGCGUCGAUCCACGCUUACGGCCCUCUCAGUCGAGGUUGAGGUUGAUGAUGGGAGUAUUGCCGUGAACCAGCCCACUGCCCGGUUUCGCUACAUGGAUCGGUGGUCUCAGGUGAACACUUGGGUCAACGAUGAGCCGCCGAUCGAAGGGGACACGGUUGUGAUUCCCGCCGACCAAGUCGUCCUGAUGGACGUCACCCCGCCCAAGCUCUUCCUCCUCCUCGUCCAAGGCCAACUAAUCUUUGAGGAUAUGCAGGACUUGGAGCUGCAUGCCAGCUACAUUUGGGUCCAAGGUGGUCUGUUGGAGGUGGGCACGGAGGAUGUUCCGUUCCAGCAUCGUGCAACCAUCACGCUGUAUGGUGACCGCUGGAACUCAAUUGGUCUUCCACACUUGGGUGCCAAGUGUCUCGUGGCCACCAAUGCCGCAAACUACAUGGGCCUGUACGGUGGCCAUGAUGGCGCUGCCGUCCCUGCCACCCUGCGCGGCGUCAUUGACAUCCACGGCAUCCCGCGCCGUCGCACUUGGACCAAAGUGGCCCAGACAGUCGCGAUCGGCGAUACACAAAUCUUCCUGUCGGAGGAGGUUGAUUUUGCUCCCGGCGAGACAAUUAUCCUGACCUCGCAUACAAACUACAAACAAACGGAAGAACUGGUGGUGGCCGCUCGCUCCGUCGAUAAUCGCGUGCUCACCGUCACCUCACCCGUGCAAUAUGAGCACCAGUCCUUCUUUUACGAAGCUGCCGGUGAGCGUGUGGACAUGCGCAUCGAAGUGGGCCUCAUCUCGCGCAACAUUGUUGUUCAGGGCGAGCCUGGUGCUUCGGAAAAGCAGAAUUUUGGCAGCCAUCUAAUGGCUGCGCGUGGUGCCAUGCUGCGCCUUGAAAAUGCCGAGCUACGUCGUUGCGGGCAAGCUGGCGUUUUGGGUCGAUAUUGCUCGCAUUUCCACCUGGGUGGUAGCCUGCCCGAUAGCUACAUCAAGAGCAAUUCCAUCCACCACAGCUUUCAGCGCGCCGUGACCGUUCAUGGCACGCACAAUGCCUUGGUGCAGAACAACGUGGCGUACUUUGUUAAGGGCCACACCAUCUUUGUCGAGGACGGCGAUGAGUUUUUUAACGUCAUUGACGCCAACCUUGUUGCUCGCACUGAGAAGCUGCACGUCAUGCUCAAGGGCGAUCAGAAGCCAGCCUCGUUUUGGAUGGCCUCGCCCUCCAACCUGUGGCGCAACAACGUCGCUGCCGGCUGUGUCAACGACGGCUUUUGGUUUGAGCUGCCGUCCAACCCCCAUGGUCCUUCCUACACAACGUCCAUCUGCCCUGUACAUGGGCACCUCAUUGAGUUUCGCAAUAACACUGCGCACGCGAAUGGAGUGCACGGCCUGCGCAUUUACCCCGUAUACCUCCCAUAUGUCGACCCCUGUGACGAAUCAUCCGGGCCUGCACCACAGUACUACCACAAUUUCACUACCUUUAACAACGGCGAGCAUGGCAUCUUUGGCAAGGAAAACGGCGAUCUGCACCAUAUCAACGUCAAGUCAGUGGGCAACGGUCGAGAAGAGAUUUUCUGGACCAAGCUUCAUGACGUGGAAUACCGUGAGAACGACCCACACAUCGUGAACAGCCUGUUUGUCAAUCACGUCGACCCCAGCAGGCCAGCGCACACUGUGGGUCUCUUCAUGCCUCAAAACGAAUACUUCCAUGUGGCCGGCGCCAAGUUUGUCAACUACGGCGCCAAGGGUACCCUCUCCGCUUGUGCCAAGUGUGACACGCAGACCAAUUUCCGUCAAGGCGGAUACACGUUCCGAUUGCAAGGACUCGAGUUUUUCAAUUCCACCAAGCGUGCUGAGUGGACAUCGCCCUUCAAGCAGAUCUUCUAUGACCUGGACGGCUCUCUCACGGGCUUUGUCAACGGCACCGCCACUCCCUUCCAUGCCUUCAACCACUACCCGGGUGUAUGCGACGCCAUGGGCGAGGCUUAUGACUUUGGCCUGGUUUGCGACAACACGGUGCGCGUUCGCCGCUUGCAGAUUGACGCCAUUGAACCGGAUGAGCUGGAUGACCAGGCGUUGCGCCUGGCCCAGGUAGCCAACGCCUCCCGCAGCGGCACCAUCGGCUAUCGCGUCAAGGAGAUUGGCGGCUGGGUGGCACCGGUUGUCAACAACCGCGAGUACGAUCUGGGCUUGGUCUCGCUCAUUGACUUCCGCUCGAUGCGCAUCCGUUACUCUGAGCGCCACUACUUGCAGUAUGAUGACGAGUUGUUGCUCCUCAACUUCAAUUACACUGAUUAUCGCUACGACUUUGAGGUCGUCGUCGGGGACGCCGCAGUGGAGCAGCCGUCGGUGAGCCUCAUCGACACGCUGGGCGCGACCUCGGCUUACGGUACUGGCCGCAUUGUGCCCAACGAGAAGCAUUGGUCCGUUGCUCUGACCGCACGCCCGGCUGACCCUUGGGACAGCAACCCCUUCAUGCUCGUCACCCACGCCAUCCAGUGUGCACCGGGUCGGUGCGGCUUCUUCACUGAUCUGCCGUUGUACGACCCAACGCUAUGGACUGAGACCAAGUACUGGUGCCGAAACUCUGUCACCAAGAGCGCCACCUAUGCACGCUGGUACAGCGCCGAGUUCACCUCCGAGCCUUCGUGUGAUGGCGACCACACGCUGCCCCUGGCGGGAGAUCAGGUUGAGAUUGGCGUGCGCAUGUAUGUUGUCAUGAACAUCAAUCCACCCGCGUUCAGCCACAUGGACAUUGCCGGCAAGCUGCAGUUUGAUGACAGUGAUGACCGCAUGCUCGAGGCUAACACAAUCAGUGUGUGGGGUGAGCUGCAAGUUGGCAGCUCGGGCAAACCAUUUGAACACGAGGGUGUGGUGCGUCUCCACGGCCAACGUACCUCAGAUUCGCUCAUCAUUGACGACACCCACUUUUUGGGCAACAAAGUCAUGGCCGUUCUGGGCACCGUCAGCAUGUAUGGCCAGCCACGCACCGCCUGGGUGCGGCUGGCAGCAACCGCCAUGCCCGGCGACUUGGCCUUUAACGUGACCUCCCCAGUGGACUGGGUGUCCGGAGACGAGAUUGUCAUCAGUUCGACCGAAUACGAUGCCAGUGAGACGGAAACGCAUACCGUUGCUGCUGUGUCGACCGAUGGGCUGAUGGUCACGAUGACCAGUGCCAUGGCUCACCGCCAUUUUGCGGGCGACAUUGACGGUGGAGCGCAGGGUACGCAAUUCCUGGCGGCCGCCGUUGGCCUGCUGAAUCGCAAUGUUCGCUUCGAGGGCGCUGAAGGCGCAAAUGAGGGCAGCAACUACGGCGCUCACGUGGUUGCCAUGGAUGUGAACAUUGACGGGAAUGUCAAGGUGGCCUCUACCGAAUUUUCCGACGUGGAAUUCCGCUCGUGCGGCCAGCAAAAUAUGGAGCACGCUUGCAUCUUUUACAAGUAUGACCGCUCGUACACGGCGGCCAACUCUCCCAGCAACGUUUUGCACAACUCGGUUCUGCACAACUCGAACAACUAUGGCAUUGAGACUGAGGGUGCGCCCAACGUCACGAUUACCGAUUCGGUGAUUCACCGCACCUAUCGCAGUGCGCUCAAGUUGGACGCCACUACGAUGCGCUUUGUCAUGACUGGAUCUCUGGUUGUAGACAACCGUCGCUCGCCCGAUGCCUCCACCGAUUGGGUGGUGCCCUACGCCGGCCUAUACGCCGAAACCUACUCGGUGACGCUGCGUGACAACGUCUUUGCGGGCAUGACAGACACUGGCAUGAUGAUCCGACCCAAUUCAUGCGGCGACGCUGAUCGUGCCACCAUCACCAACAACGAGGUGCAUUCGACCCUCGUGGGCGUCUUCCUCAUGGCCGAUGCCAAGUCGUGUUUUGAGCUACGUGGUGCCACCGUGUGGAAGGCCGCCCAUCUGGGCAUUGUCACCGUGGACCAGCGUGCCGAGGUGCAGAUUCUGAACAGUGUUGUGUCGGACUCACACAUUGGCAUCUCCCUCAACUUUUUCACCAUCGCCAAGCGGGGCUCGGAGGUGCUCAUCGAAAACUCCCUUAUUAUGGGCGCCACCGCCGCUUCGACUUGUGACGAUUCACUUCGCUGCCGCGCUGUCACUGGCACGGACGUGCAAGGCACGGGCAGCACCUGUGGCUCAGUCUUUGGCAACAGCUACCGCCACGUGGGCGUGGUCCUUCCUCAGUACACGAACCGUGGCAAGACGUGCGAGCAAGACUACCUGCCUUCCUGCCGCCCGGUGACGCGCCCAGAAAGGCUGUGCGGCAUGGGCUGGGAGGCGCGCUACGGCCUUCCCUCUGUCACGCACGCGCACAUUACCAUGCGCGAUGUGACCUUUGCUCAUUUUAACAACCGCAGCAGCUGCAAUUUGAAGAGCUACGGCAUCCUGACCAACCCGACGCAGCGCAACUAUGCGCCCGAGCAGCAGUAUACGGACGUGACCUUUUACGAGACGGACGCCGAGCGCCGCUUCUACUUUGGCCGUCUGCCUGAACACAGCAGCGAGUGCCAGACGGGUUGUGAUGCCCUCACUUACCUCUUGGCACACGAGUCCAAUGGCGAGCUGAGCGGCCUGAGUGGGGCUGGCACCAUCACGAGCAACGUCAACCCCGGCGUCAUUCUUGGCGAACCCUUUUGCACCUCGCUGCCCAGCAACGGCGCCUCGCGCUGCGGUAGCGACAGCAUGCGCCUGCGCCACGCGGUCUUGAUCAACCGUGAUCGCGACUCUGGCUUCCGGCGCAUCGGCCCCGUCAAUGUUCAGCGCAUGAAGGCCGACGGAGUCAACGCCACGGAACGUGUCACCUCCUCGGAAGGCCCGUUCAGCGAUAACUGUGCCAAGCGCUUUUACUUUGGUCAGCACCCCUUCGUCAUUGACGCGGCCCACAACAUCUUCAAGGUCAACACCUCGAAUGACUUCCCCGCCAAUGCGCGCAUUGAGUUUGUGGGCCAGGACGUCAACGACCGGGCCCACCUCAAGAUUCGCGUGUAUGUCACCAACCUUGACAUGCGUCUUGUCCACAACGGCGUUGAGAAGGAGCCCCUCGGCGCCAUCCCCGAUGUCAACGUGCAUCCCGUCGGCACUUACACCUUUGAUGCUCGCAACACGUUUCAUUUGAUCGUGGGUGGUACCGGCCACCACAUUUUUGACAUUCGCACGCUGAGCAUUGUGCGUCUCAACUUGACGGUUACCAUGAGUUUGGACGAGUUUUUCGACCCGUCCCAAAUCGUCUCAAACUUGGCCAUCUUGCUUGACAUUCCCAGCUCUCGCAUCAAGGUUGUGGGUGUGCAUGACACGGCCAGCGCGGAUGCUCGGCGCCGGGCAACCGGUAGCAAGGUUCUGGCUUUGGCCAUCGGCGACCAGGAUAAUGGCACGAGUACCGUGCCGACCACAGACGAAGAAGAAGAGAACCAGAAUAACUUGCUCGAUGAGUUGAUGAACAACAUCACCGCGGUUGUGACGUCGGGUGCGCUCAAGACGAAACUCAAUGAGUCGGGCGUUCGACUCGAUGGCGUCACCAUGGCGGCCCCGGCAUCUGCGGGCCUGGAGGCCUCGCGCGCAACCCCACUGAACAUUGAACCCACCACCGCCGCCCCGAGCCUGAGUCCAGGAACGGGGUCUUCCAAUGACAUCGACCCAGCAGCUGUGGCGGGUGCCGUGUGUGCGGGUGCCGUCCUGGCCGUGAUUGUAGUCCUCUUGACCGUUCGCCACCGCCGCGAGACGCAGCGUCGCGCGGCCCUAGCCAAGGCAGAAGGACAAACGUCCGAUGGUAGCGAGGCCGAAGGAACCCUGCAGACCUCCCAAGUCACCGUGCUCAACAUGGACGCCCACCCUGUGGAGGUGGAGACCAUGGAGGGCCGCCCGGCGCCAUCCUCCAAACCGGGCAAGCUGGCGCGUAGUGGGAGCUUCUUUGGCCGGCUUUUGCGCUCGGGCUCGAGCAACUCGGUCGGUCCAACUGACGACAGCAAGGACACCGAGCUUCAGCGCAUGGAGUCGCGGCGGGGCCUCAACCCGCUUCGUUCUGAGGACAUUGGGGUUCCUGAUGAGCGGGAAAAGUUGAGCACUCUCAAGCGCAUCAAGAUGCCCACGGAUGAGGUCCAUCGCGUCAUUCCACGCAAAACUUGGGAAUACGUUGGCUCGGGCGGCAAUGAUUAUUGGCAUCCCAAGCUCUCGGCGGCCCAGGCGCAGGAAAUCAUCAUGGACAAACCCCAGGGUACAUUCCUCUUGUAUGGUCGCAAGCCCGUGAUUCUCUGUGUCAAGACGGGCAAGAACACAGCACGCCACGAUGCCCUUGAGUUCCAUGGUGAUCUGGGCUUCCGCAUUCAGAUGAAGCGUGAGCAGCCCUUCCACGGCGACCUGAGCACUCUGAUUGCGUACUACGCCGAACCUCGGGAAGGCGUACCGUACACUCUCAACGACUAUGAGAACAAUGACAUCCACUUCAACGUGCCCAGUGCCAGCACUCGCCUGACCACCUCGGAAGAGCGUGGCGUGGGCCUUCCAGAGUACACGGACGAAGAUCUGACGCGUUUGGAUCGACGCACUUCCAUGCGCCUUCGUCGGGCCAAAGACCCAAUCAAGGAAGACGAGGUCGUGACCGUUGACCCUCGUUAUGUGCGCCGCCCCUCUUUGCGCACACGCGCCAGUGUAAAGGAGUUUGAGCCCCUGAUCCUCAGUGAAGUGGACGAUCAGUAA